AUGAAGGGCCUUCUCGUUCUAGGAUGGCUUCAUGCCCUUUGGCCUGCCACUGAAGCUGCCGUCUUCCGCGUCGCCAAUACCAGCGCCUCGCGUACGUUGCAACCGAAGAUCCGUCCACGCGAUGACGACCCUAGCGACUUUGGCUGGGUUAAACGAUGGGCUGCUGUUGGCGAUAGCUUCACGGCGGGAAUCGGAUCAGGGUCACCCCUGGGUAACUUCCUAACCGAGUCGCCCGAUGACAACACAUGGUACUGCGCCCGAUAUGACACGUCCUAUCCCAUGAUCAUCAACGAUGCUCUCGGGGAAUCCGUAGAGGACUUCCAGUUCGUCGCUUGCAGUGGCGACAGAACCGGAGGUAUCUACAAGCAGAUUCAGGAGCUGGAGGGAGACCUGGAUCUCGUGGUGAUGACCGCGGGAGGAAACGAUCUUUGCCUGGCCUGCACGGAUGUCAUUUCCAUCGCCGAAAACAACUUGGAAAACAUCCUGAAGCCAAAUUUGGAGCAACUGCUCGAGGCCCUAGAAGACAAGAUGAACGAUGAUAGCAUCGUUGUUUUCAACGGCUAUGCUCAAUUCUUUAACACGGAGACUGAUGACUGUGAAAAAAACCAAGACUGGACCCUGUUCAACCUCCUCGGCAGCGAUGGCCUGAAGCUCACUAUUGACCGCCGCAAGACGUUCAACAGUCUUGUGGUUAAGAUCAACGACUUGAUCAAGGGUGUGGUCGACGACGCCAAGGACAAGUACAAGUACAAGAUCGGCUUUUCCAACUGGGAUGUUUGGCCGAGAAAGGGCGUCGCGGGCCAGUUCUGCGAUCCAUCCUCGUCGGGUGCGUAUCCGGAUCCGAAGCAGCCAGAUCUGCAGUUCUUCAAGCCGGAUACGAGGACAGGUGGAAGCGAGUUGAAGCGGAGAGAUGCUCUGUACGAGAUCCACAGCAACGAAACCCUCUGGACAGCCGAAGUCGUUGAGCGAGAGCGCCAUCGCCGUGCGCUAGAGGACAUCUACAACUCUCUUCUCUACCACUCGGCCAACCCCCAAGCCGAGGCAAGGCACCUCCUAGACCGUAGAAACCCCAGCCCACCCAAGUGCCCUGGCGACAAGGACGUUGAGAUCCAGCCGCCCAGCAUCGGGUUGCCCAACUCCAUCGCCAAGAACUUCCACCCCAACGAACUAGGCCACUACACAAUCGCCUCCUGGGCGCUGCAGACGUUGAUCGACCUCCGCGCCGAGGUCCUGGACGUUACGGCACCGUCAUGCGAGCCAGUCGACAAGUUCACGUGCUGGCAAAAAGAGGGGUGGAAGGCAUACGCCAACGAGCCCUUCCUCAACGACCAGAAGGACGACUUCUGCGACGGCGUGGACGAAGGGGACGAGGUCAACGGGUGGUCGCACUCGGAGACGUACGGCAAGGACACGCCCGACGAGACCGAGUUCAAGGUGACGCUCAACAAGGGCGGCAUCGGCAGCGGCGACUUCAGCAAGGCCGAGUGCAAGGAGAGCAUCGGCGGCAUCAUCAACAACUGCGACGGCAACGACUCGGACAACCCGAUGGACUGGAAGUUUGGCGGCGAGUGGCAGCGCGGCCGUUUUACAUACCAGGUCAACCCCAAGCGUGACAACCGGCCGUUCCCGCCGCCUAAGGAGGCCUGGGGUAGCUGUAAGGGCUGGUACCACGGCUUCUGGAGUAGCUAUGUCAUCAAAGGCAAGGGCUGGGCUUCCAAUGACUGGGGCCAGGACACGCUGGAGCCCAAAGCCCGAAGCUGUAUCGGCGGCGGUCUGACCAUGUGGAGAUUCAAGUACUUUGAUGAGCCAGAUGAGGAUGGCAACGAGUGGCAGGCUGACUUCAACACACCCAUCUGGGUGCGUUCGCGGUGCUUCAAGAAUAACAAGGCGGUGCGAGAGGCUGGCGGAUACACCGACGGCUGUGGCGGCAAUGAUUAA